CGCAGAUUAGACUUGCUUCCGAGCGUUCCCCACAGAAUGAGCAGAGGAAGUUAACCUCCGGGCACCUCCACCCGAAUGCCUGAGACAAAAUCUGACACUGACUCGGCAUUAUGCACCCGCGUCCUGACUCGGGUGCGAUGCGUUAUCAUUCAUAGGUUUCCGGAGAAGCCAAAAAAAAAGGUGCAUGAAAAAGAAACACGGAGGUUAUACUAUAGCCUCCAGAUCUGGCUCGUUUGUCUAGUCGGCAAUAUAAAAGCGACGCGUUCCCCCGCCUAUUUGACCUCUGCCUCCCUCUCUUAUCCGUCUCGUCACAUACUUUUACAUUCACAGUAGGUACCACCUUCUUCGCAGUGCCUUUUCAGCGACUAACACC